ACUGAUGGCCUCCCCCACUUCUUCCUUGCAAGGACAACACAAUUAGGCGGCGGACACAUACAGUUUUUUUCCCCCGAUCCGUGGCCGCCAGUUAGCCCAGUCUCGUCCCCCGACCGACGAGUGAUUCCCGACAGCAACCGUUGGUCAUUCGAAUCCAGGAUGCUGCACUGGCGCCGCACAGAUUAGAUAUUCGCAGUCCCAGACGAAAAUGAACAAUUUGGAGCACUCCAAGCAUUUCUAUCCUGAUAACUACAAAUUGGAUCUGUCUGAGACCAUGAAGGCGGCUCUGUCCAAAGGACCCGGUGGUGGUGCCGGUGGCGGGGGCGUGGCAGGCGGAGAUAUGCUGCCGCAGCCAAAUGCUGGAAUGCCAGGAGUGGGCUAUGUUACGGAAAAGCUGUACAUGCUGCUGCAGCUGUAUCUGCAGAACAAAGGCUGGAAUCCCAGUGCUGAGCUGCUGCAGUGCUUCAGCGAUCUCAAGGACAAUGCCAUGCUGCCCAGCGCCGCCUAUCUGCAAGUCCUGGCCAACCGCUUAACCCUGGACUCCCAGGGACGGCUAAUACUGCGCGACAAUGGAAAGAUUGUCUUGCCCUUUGAGCAUUUUGCCAAUGCGGUCAUGCUAAAGCACAUGUCAGGUCCGCACGGCCUGCACCUUAGUGUCGAUGCCACGGUGAGGGCAGUCAUUGAGUCGUACACCAUCGGUCGGGAUCAGUUCGGCAUGGAGAAAGAGUUCAUCAUCGAGGUGGUGCAGUCCUGCCCAAGUCCCGCAUGUCGCUACUAUAAAAACCACAUGGGAAUUUCGCCCAUGCCGUUCAUGGAGCAGCAGUAUCCGGGCGUAAACACUCCCGAGUUCCUGCAGCGCUUGGCGCAUCUGCCGCCUGGGGGAGCAGCCGGAUCUGGGCCAGGAGGCUCCGCAGCCGGAUCCACCUCCAGCGUGGCAAGCAGCUCGAGUUCGGCGAACGUGGAAAUCGAUCUGUCCAAGUCGACGGGCGCGAAGGUGCCCCAGGUGCCGGUGCCGCCGCAGUUGCAGCACCUGACCAAGCAGCAGCAGAGCACUCUCCAGACGCAGCUCUCCCAGAUCAGUGCUGCCGCCGCUCAUCAUCAACAACAACAACAGCAGCAACAACAGCAACAGCAGCAGCAGCAGCAACAACAACAGCAAGCAGCAGCCAAGCACCAGCAGCAAUUGACUGCUGCCCUCAUCCAACAGCAAAACCGUGUCCUCGCCCAGCAAAAUUUAGAGAAGCUUAGCAACCACCUCAGUCCGCUGGAAAAGCAGCGAGUUUUCGCCCAGCUGGAUCCAAAGCACUUUGAUCCCAUGGCCGUUGCGGCUGCAGCCGCCAAUCUUCAAAUCCAAGGCCUGAUGCAAUCGCAGGCAGUGGCUGCCGCCGUCGCCGCCAAUCAGCAGACUCCGGCGGCUACGACUACAUCUGCUGCAGGAGGAGCUGCAGCCGGCCCGCAGGCCCAUCACGGACACCAUCCCUUGCCACCGCCAUCGCAGUCGCCACACUCAUCCUCUUCGUCUUCCUCUCAUUCCUCGUUGGACCAGAUUACCCACAAGAACGUCGCCGACUCCUUGCGUUCCAAUCUGGACUCAAUAGAAUCGAAUAAGGAUCUGCUGGCGCUGCACAACGGAGCCUGGGCCACCGGCGAUGCCAAUCGAAUGGAUCACUUGGCCGUGGGUCAGGACAAGAUAGUGCGCAUCUUUGCGGAGCUGAUGCGAAACAUGUCGCGGAUGAAAACCUACAUACGUCCCUCGAUGUGCAAGCCCUACGGCAAGCAGAGUGAGAGUCUGCAGAAAACCCUCAUGGACACCAUUCAGAUCGUGCAGACGCUGCGCAACUGCCUCCCAGCUCCUCACAUACCCGUGUCGUCCUGGAAAAGUGAGAGCGAGGGCAACGUGGGAUCAGGAGUGAGCGCGGGAGUAGGAGUGGGUGUCCCUGCAGGACUUAACCUGGGCGCCGCCUUGGGUCUGCCAUCGGGCAACAUGCACUAGAUGCGGGCUGGAGCUCAUCGGGUAGCAUGCAAUAGCUCCGGAUUUAUCCACUCACAUUCUUCCAGCAGUUAGAGAACACUUAGUACUUACACGCAGAGAAAAGCAUAGAUGAUAGGCAUAGCAAUUUACCCUCGUAGGCGUGGCUCCAGUUUUCCUUUUAGCAAUUACGUGCCAUGUUCAACACAAGACUUGAUUUCACAUUUUCCACAUUUGACUGACCUUUAGGCAUACAUAUGUAUCGAAUCCCGCGGCUUGAAUUUGAUUCCCAUCACUCUUUGUUUUCCAGUUUGGCAUGCAAAAUUAUGAAGCAAAUCGGCAAAUUAGUUAAACAAUUGGCAAAACGUCUGUGAUAUUUGAAUUAUGUUGGCAAACGGAAGACAAAACUAAAUUUAAUUUAUUACGUUGUGUGCCCUCUGUUGUAAUGUCUUACUUUUUACUUUGUGCAAUAUCUACUAAGCAUAUAUUCUUAGCCGUUCUCGUGCAAUCGACGACUUUUCGCCCAUAUCAAAAGCAACUCGAAUGUAGCCUAUACUUAAACUAACCUACUGAUAAUCGGACAUGAUAGACGCGUAAGACUUACAUUAUAUUUUGCAUUAGGACUUCAGAGUAUCUGAAUAACAAUUGGCGGAUGGCCGCGGUGGCGAAAGCGACAUUACGAGUUGUGUUUAAAUUUAAGAAGCUGAAGAAGGGUUGUACUCCGCAUGCAAGGGCUAUUUAAAUAUAUAUUUUAACCCGCCCGAGCUCACCAUUACCAGAAAUUCGAUAAACGAGCAAACAGUAUUAUACGCAAUAAAAAGACACCUGCAACCAUAAGUAUUUACCUAGCUGAUGUGUGGGAAUUUAUCGUAACAUACCAUAUUAUCGCUUAAUGUUUAACUUCUGGACUUAAUAAUAAAUAAAUAUUUUAUUCUACG